UCUAAAAACAGCUGAUGUAUAAUGUUAACAAUUGUGUACAACAGUAUACGUGUAUAAUAGACCAAAACAUUGGCAAUCAUGAAAAGUAUUAAGUAGACCGGCAACAAUAAAAUGGCCGUUGUUAUUUUAAUAUUCUGGGUGAUUUUUGCGCUGUUAUCUGUAAUCACAGCAAUUACACUUGGUUUGCGCCAAUGGUUGCAGCGCAGAAAGCAGAAGUUGCAUGGCUCAUCGGAAAAUCAACUAUACGUGGGCCUAUUUCACCCUUACUGCAAUGCGGGUGGUGGAGGAGAGCGUGUUUUAUGGUGCGCCGUAAGAACAUUGCAGAACAAGUAUGAUAACAUAAAGAUUAUUAUUUAUACCGGUGACAUUGAAUCUUCACCGAAAGCAAUUCUGGAUAAAGCAAGGAAUGUUUUUAAUUUUGAGAUCAAUGACAAAGUCUCGUUUGUAUUUCUAAAGCAUCGACGUUGGGUGGAGGCAAAAAAAUAUCCUCACUUCACUUUAUUGGGACAAAGCUUGGGCUCGAUGAUAUUAGGAUUGGAAGCGCUGUGCAAGUUCCCUCCAGAUAUUUUCAUAGACACUAUGGGAUAUGCCUUUACGUAUCCAUUGUUUAAGUUUUUGGGUGGCGCAAAGAUAGGCUGCUAUGUCCAUUACCCAAUAGUCAGCACCGAUAUGCUGAGAAGAGUUCAAUUUCGUCAAGCUGUUCACAAUAAUAAGGCUUAUGUAGCGCGAAACCCCUUCCUGACGUGGACAAAACUUACGUAUUAUCGAGUGCUUUCAAAGCUGUAUCGCUGGGUAGGGUGUUGCUCCGAAACGAUAAUGGUAAACUCAUCGUGGACUGAAAACCAUAUUUUAGAACUAUGGGAGGUGCCUUUUAAAACCCAUCGAGUGUAUCCACCAUGUGAAGUAAGCCAUCUGAAACAGUUGGAGCGCUUAGAUGAUACCGAUGAAAUUGUAAUUCUGUCUGUGGGACAGUUUCGUCCCGAAAAAGAUCAUCCGCUGCAAUUGCAAGCCUUAUACGAGCUGAGAACGUUAUUGACGCGUGAUGAAGCGCUUUGGAACAAAAUACGACUCGUCAUUGCGGGUUCUUGUCGACAUGAGGAAGAUUACGAACGACUAAGAAACAUGCAGGACCUUUCAAAACAUUUAUCGUUGGAAAACUCAAUUGAGUUUAAAGUUAAUGUACCCUAUGAUGAGCUACUAAAAUUGUACCAAAGAGCAAAAAUCGGAAUACAUACUAUGUGGAAUGAACACUUCGGUAUUGGCAUUGUGGAAUGCAUGGCUGCCGGUCUAAUAAUGGUAGCGCAUAGAUCUGGUGGUCCACUACUCGAUAUAGUUGAAACUUCUGAAGGUAGCCAAAAUGGUUUUCUUGCAACAGAUGCCGUGGAAUAUGCGGCAUGUAUUUUAAAUAUUAUACACAACCCUGUGGAAAUAAACACAACCAUUAGAAAUGCGGCAAAAUCUUCCGUGGAGAGGUUUUCAGAAAAGGAGUUUGAAGUUCAAUUCUUACGAGCUAUUUCGCCAUUGUUCCCAAAAGUUCCAUAAUUUUUUGUAUUUAUAUAUACACAAAAAUUAUUCUAUAAGCAAAUACAGUUCAAUAACUAAAUUACAUA